UUCGUAAGCGUCACUUCUUGCUUUCAGAGUCGAACGGCGAUGAAGAGGAGGAGGAGGACGACGCAGAGGAUGACGACGAAGACGAUGAAGGGGAUGAAGCUGAGGAGGCGGGGGAGGAAAACGACAGGCCGUACAACCUGAGGCAGCGGAAGACGGUGCAAAGAUAUGAAGCGCCACCGAUCGAGCCUGUGAACAGAAAACAGAGCAACCCGUCGCUUUUCGACACCCACAGAUCCCCAGCAAGAAGAAGCCAUAUUAGAGUGAAGAAACAUGCCAUCCACAGCAGUGACACCACCUCAUCAUCUGAUGAAGAACGCUUUGAGCGAAGGAAAAGCAAGAGCAUGACUCGGGCCAGGAACAGAUGUUUACCCAUAAACCUGACGCCUGACAGCUUGUCCAGCGGCGUGCUGCGGGACAGAGUUAAAGUGGGCACCAGCUUGGCGGAUGUGGACCCCAUGAGCCUUGAUAAUUCGGUGAGGUUCGACAGUGUGGGCGGCCUCAGCAGUCACAUCCAGUCUCUAAAGGAGAUGGUGGUGUUCCCCCUGCUCUAUCCUGAGGUCUUUGAAAAAUUUAAGAUUCAGCCUCCCAGAGGGUGUUUGUUUUACGGACCCCCAGGAACAGGAAAGACUCUGGUUGCGCGGGCUCUUGCCAACGAGUGCAGUCAGGGAGAUAGGAAAGUCGCUUUUUUCAUGAGGAAAGGAGCCGACUGCCUCAGCAAAUGGGUCGGAGAAUCAGAACGGCAGCUACGCCUCCUCUUUGAUCAGGCUUACCUGAUGAGGCCAUCAAUUAUUUUCUUCGAUGAGAUCGAUGGUUUGGCUCCGGUUCGCUCCAGCAGGCAAGACCAGAUACACAGUUCUAUUGUGUCCACACUCCUGGCCUUAAUGGACGGCCUGGACAGUCGCGGGGAGAUAGUCGUCGUUGGUGCUACAAACAGACUCGACUCUAUCGACCCAGCACUCAGGAGGCCUGGACGCUUUGACCGGGAGUUUCUCUUCAACUUGCCAGACAAGAAGGCCAGAAAGCAGAUUCUGGAGAUUCAUACGCGGGACUGGGACCCCAAACUGUCUGAGCCAUUUCUGAAUGAACUUGCAGAAAAAUGUGUCGGCUACUGUGGUGCUGACAUCAAAGCACUUUGCACAGAGGCAGCCUUGAUGGCGUUGCGCCGCCGAUACCCGCAGAUCUACGGCAGCAGUGUCAAACUGAAGCUGGACGUGGCGUCCAUCGUCCUGGGGCCCGGCGACUUCAGCAAGGCGAUGAGGACGAUCGUCCCGGCCUCCCAGAGAGCCCUGGCUGCCCCGGGCCGGGCCCUUUCUCCCACCCUCAGGCCCCUGUUGGGCUGCUCCUUCUCCUCGGUGCUGACAACUCUUCUCAGAGUCUUCCCCCACGCUCAGUGUACUGACAGGGACAACCUGCACGCCGGCGACAAUCAACUGCUUGAAGAGGACUUUUACAGCGACGACGACAAUGAGGAUGGCUCCGCCUCCAUUUACGAAGUUCCGCCUUCUGCAUCCCCAAAGAGUCACCUCUUCUCUUCUGCAAUGCACAGACCCUUUCUCCACUUCUCCUCCUCUUCACUCCAGCAGCCCACAGCGUACCGGCCCCGCCUGCUGCUGGCAGGGGCCCAGGGUUCUGGACAAAGCUCCCACUUGGCCCCUGCCUUGCUCCACCACCUGGACAAGCUACCAGUGCACCGCCUGGACUUGCCCACCUUGUACUCCGUCAGCGCCAAGACGCCGGAGGAGUCCUGUGCUCAGGUUUUCCGUGAGGCCCGUCGAAGUGUUCCCAGCGUGGUGUACAUGCCUCAUAUCUCAGAGUGGUGGGACACGGUGAGCGACACUGUGAAGAGCACCUUCCUCACCCUGCUGAACGAUGUGCCCUCCUUCAGCCCGGUCCUCAUCCUCGCAACCGCCGAGACUCAGUACUCCAAGCUGUCAGAGGAGGUCAAAAGUAUAUUUCAGAAGACCUAUGGGGAGGUGGUACUGCUGUGCCCUCCAGGAGAUCAGGAGAGGAGGAGCUUUUUCUCUGAUUUGCUGCUGGUCCAGGCAGCCAGACCUCCUCCCCGACCCAGGAACUCAGGGAGGUGCGAAGAGGUGCUAGCGGUGGCAGAGACGCCGGCCCCUCGGGUCCUGUCGGAGGAGGAACAGCGCCGCCUAGCUGAACAGGAAGACAACACGUUACGGGAGCUCAGGCUCUUUCUCAGGGACGUGACUAAGCGCCUGGCCACCGACAAACGGUUCAGCAUUUUUAGCAAGCCAGUCGACAUCGAGGAGGUAUCGGACUACUUGGAGGUGAUCAGGCAGCCCAUGGACCUAUCCACUGUCAUGACCAAGAUCGACACCCAUCAGUACUUGACGGCCAAGGACUUCCUGGUGGACAUUGACCUCAUCAGCAGCAACGCUUUAGAGUACAAUCCCGACAAGGAUCCUGGAGACAAGGUGAUCAGGCACAGAGCGUGCAGCCUAAAGGACACAGCCCAUGCUAUUUUUGCAGCCGAGCUGGAUCCCGAGUUCGACCGAAUGUGUGAAGAGAUUAAAGAGGCGCGCAAAAAGAGGGACUUCCAGACUGUGGGUCAGCCUACCUCAGCUCCCGGUGCUUUACCAGCUCGAAAGCAGCAUCCUGCAGGAGACGAGCAGGCCAAGACGAACACCCAAGGCGAAGCCGCUUUCAAACACUGCACUGCCAAUCAUCUGAAAAGGAAGAUUUGCAGGCGGCCAUCUUGGAAGCGCGGCAUCAUACGCAAGAAGAAAAUUUACAAGAAAGGAACAGAGGAGGAGGAAGAGGAGGCGGAAGCUGCAGUUCCCAGUGACUCGUGUUUGACACAGGACGAGGAAUCGUCGUGUGACACUCCAGGUCCCCAAGCCAACGGUCAUCAUCCGCACGGCCCGUCCACAGAAGAGGAAAGCUCCAACGAACCCCCCGUUGUGACUGAAGGCAGAGAGGACGCAAAGCCUAAAGAGGAGGAGGCGACGGCGGCCAAAGAAAGGCGAGCGGCGAGCCCAGAGAAACGCACAGAACAACACCGCCUCUGUCGCACUCCUCCGCCCAAUUCGGAGGAGGGUAGUCCGGCCAAGCGGGCCGACUUCCAGCCUUUGAUGGAAACACUCAAGUCGUCAGAUGUUCAGGUCCAGCCUAAACACGCAGAGGGUCACCGGGUUUCACAAGUGGACUGCGUGAAUGGGACGGAGUCGAUGGACAGCGUAGAUUUACAGAGCCUCAAGAGGAGCAACGAGGCCGACACAAGGACUCCUCCGAGCUCGGCUGAAGGCUGCAAUAAGCCAGAACAGGAAGAGCACAAAGACAAAAAUGUGAGUAAGCAAACUCAGGAGCAGCAUCCCCUGGAUGACGGCGCGGUUACACAGACUGUUGAGGAGGAUCAAGGGAAAGAAGAUGAUUCCCGAGAACAGACGAGCAAGUCCAUCACGUCGGAGCCGCUGACGGUGCCAGCCGGGAGGAUGGAGGAAGAGGCGGAACCGGCCCUUACCUACCCUCCGGUGGUGGUGGACCACCAACGACUUCUGGUUCUGCUGAGUAUGGUGGUAAAGAAGAGUGAGGGCUACAGCGUGGAGCAGCUGGAGAGACUCUACUCCCUCCUUAGCCAGUGUAUCUAUCGGCACCGCAGAGAAUACGACAAGACCCGGCUGCUGCAGGAGAUGGAGGAGAGAAUCCAGCAUUUUGAUACAUUCCUGUGAAGUGGAGAGAAGAAACUUUUCAGGUAGAUCCUGAUCCGCCUGGGACCACAAAGACUCACAAACAAACAAAAAAAAUAAAUAUAAAAAAAAAAAAAGAACACUCACACACUCGCGAAUCAAUCCCGAUUUGUGAGGAUGAGGACAUUCAUUGGUGCUAUCGUCUCAGGAACCUGGCCAUAUCCACAUCCAUUCAACACAACCAAACACAAACACACACACAAAACACACACCCACAGUGACGGGCAACCCUGGUGCUACUCGGGUGCUAUCCUAAUAUCCAUGCUGCUCUUGGGAACACUUCUCAACUCACUAAAAAAAAAAAAA